GUCUCCUUCUUCUCCAGCAGACCAAGGGGCGGAAACGACACAUUUUAGCCGAGUCGAGCUAACGGCUCCGUUUUAAUAACAAAUCAGCACACAGCGACGCUCCUGCUGCGGCAUCUUUAAUAUUUGCAGUCUGACUUUAAGCCAGACGCAGUGUCUUAACUGAAAAAAAAAAAACUUUAAAAUAAUUAGCGCAGUAAGCCAUCGGAGCCUGCUGACCCCCAGGUCGACCUGAUCAGUAUGAGUCUGACCACAGAGCCCUCCAACGACGCCCCCGCCGUCACAGAAGCAGGCGGCGAGGGAAACGUCAACCAGGCCGUCCUCCCGCCGACAGAGAGCAAGGCGCCGGAGAAGAAGGACAAGAAGCCCGACGACGCGGCGGAGGAAGAGGAGGAGGAGGAGGAGUACGUGGUGGAGAAGGUCCUGAACCGGCGGGUGGUGAAGGGCCGGGUGGAGUACCUCCUCAAGUGGAAAGGCUUCUCCGAGGAGGACAACACGUGGGAGCCGGAGGACAACCUGGACUGUCCCGACCUGAUCGCCGAGUUCCUGCAGUCCCAGAAGACGGCGCAGGAGGGCAAGAGGAAGGCGGCCGGGGACGCCGACGGAGACGAGAGCAAGGCCAAGAAGAAGAAGGACGACACGGAGAAGCUGCGGGGCUUCGCUCGGGGUUUGGACCCGGAGCGGAUCAUCGGCGCCACAGACUCCACCGGAGAGCUCAUGUUCCUAAUGAAGUGGAAGAACUCGGACGAGGCCGACCUGGUUCCGGCCAAAGAGGCCAACGUGAAGUGUCCGCAGGUGGUGAUCUCCUUCUACGAGGAGCGGCUGACCUGGCACUCGUACCCGUCCGAGGACGACAAGAAGGACGACAAGAACUAACGCCGGAGCGCAGAGAGGAGAGGCCGUAGUUUUGAACUUCAUUCUACUUUCACCAGGGGAGGGGAGGGGGUGGGGGGGUCAGAGGUCAGAGGCAAGCAGGACACCUUUGGGCUCAUUAGUCUGGGUGUAGUUCUCCCUCGUCGGGUUCAUUUCUCUGUAAAUAAUCAGCUUGAGGUCGGCGCUUCGCCGCGCCGCCGUUCGCUCGUCGUGCUUUGAAUUCGUUCCCGUGGCGUGAAGCUUUCCUGCCGUGUCCGCCGCCCGGUCUGUCGUGCGCCCCGGCGCCCCUUUGACGUCGGGAUUCAAACCGUUCCUCCUGAUUUCUGCUCAUCUCUGUAGUGCUUUUCUUUCUGUCUUGCUUGUCGAGUUUUGGGAAAUAAAACCAGGUUUUGUUACA